CAGUGCGAGAAUAUAUCUGCAGCAACAAAUACACUAUAGAUCAAACCUGAUAUAUUUUGCAAAUUGGUGGCUGAGAGGGGGCGUGAUGGAUGUGUCCGGCCACAGUCUGUUCCUACUUCAACAGCUGAACGUCCAGAGGGAGUUUGGCUUUCUGUGUGACUGCACCGUCGCCAUCGGCAACGUGUACUUCAAGGCCCAUCGGGCCGUCUUGGCUGCCUUUUCCAACUACUUCAAGAUGAUAUUCAUCCAUCAGACCAGUGAGUGCAUCAAGAUCCAGCCUACGGACAUCCAGCCAGAUGUCUUCAGCUACUUGCUCCACAUCAUGUACACAGGCACAGGCCCCAAACAACCUGUUGACCAGGGUCGACUGCAGGAGGGUAUCAAGUUCCUCCAUGCCUAUCAGCUGUGUCGCAAACCUGGGGAGGGAGGCCCUGAUGCCACCUCUGACAUGGUCCGCAUGUCCAACCUUUACGGCAUCCAGAUUUCCUCUCAACUGGCCAACAAGGACGGCCCCGGCAGUGCCAAAGGUGGUGCUGGGCCCCAGGGAGGAGACCCUGAGGACGGGCGCUCAUCCAGUCGGGCCGGCCGCUCUCACAGCCAGCUCUCGCUAACCGUCGGGCUGGAAGGGGUCCCCUCUGACAGGCUGUCGUCUGGCCUACGAGCCGUAUCGUCUGUUGCCUCUGGGGACGACUCGGACCUCUCUGCUCGGAUCAAGCAGGAGAGAGUGGAGGCAGACGAGGGGGCGGAUGGCGAGGAGGGCCAGGGAGUCCGCUCUCCUUCUCCUGCCCAGGGAAGAAGUCCCUGCCAGAGCCUCCUGUUCAAGGACAGCCCCCUGGCGCUGCUUUGUCCCCGCUGCGGCGAGCGCUGCUCGUCCCCCGAGGGGCUUCGCGAGCACCUCUUCAACCAUGCCGCCUGUGCCUUGGAUCCCAGCGGACUCAUGGAGGGGCUUUCCCAGGGUGGGAGCGACCUUGGGGGGGGGCCCGAGGACAAACAUGCUGCUGGGCAAGAGCAGCUGGAUGCAGGCUGUCUGGAGGAAGCCUUGAGGCAGAGCCAGGCCUUAGCGGACGAGCUAGCCGCGGAGCUACGGCGUAGCAGAGGCGGAGGUACGAGUCCUCCCCAGACCACCACCACAUCCAGCACACAUACUCGAAAGCGCAAGAUAGCGUGCGCCGUGUGCAGCCUGCGGUUCUCCCAGAAGAGCCAGUUACAAGAGCACAUGUAUACACACACUGGGAAGCCGUCCCGCUACCAUCGCUACAAUCGCCUCUGCAGCCAGCUCAUCCAUGCCUCGGGGCAUUUCUGCGAGGGUCCACCAGAGGGCGGGGGUGGUGUCACAUCAACAGCUGCAGCUUUAUCGGAGGACGCCAACAGGGACACCCAGGACAAUGGCAGCUCUUGCUACUCACUAGACUCUGAGAUUUCACAGGAGAGUGUUGAUGGUGUCCCUGUUGAAUGAGUCACGUACUGUACUGUGGAGAAAAAAAGAGAACAUGCAACACUGAACAUUACAGAGGUUUUAUUUUCAAAGUAACUUGAUGUGGUCAAACGUUGUGGGGUAACUUUGUAUAAUACUAUGUAUUUCAGCACAGCUAUUUAACUGUAUAUGUUUUAUUUCAUUUGAAGUUCAUAUGGAGUGGAAAGACUAAUAUUAUAUACUUGUUACAUGUAAUGAUAAAAAGUUAUUCCCCUGAGAGCUACUUUGAAACACUGCCGAUGUUAGGGAUAGUGCUGCCAAGGGAAUACAUUUUUACUCUCCUCAAGAACCACUAACUUAUCAUCUACCUAAUCUAUCUCAAAUGUUUGAAUCAAACUCAUGGUGCACCUUCUACAUCUCAUAUCUCUGUGUACCUUGUAAUGUGAUUCCAGUGUCAGUGUGCGUCUUAUUCCGUUGCAGUAUGUGAGGAGUCUGGAUAGAAUAGACAACUUUUUUUUAAAGAAUGUGUUAUCUUUCUGGUGUUACCAGACGAUAUAGAUUGGAAAUGUUUUCUGAAAUGUGUUACAGUAAAAUCAUUGUACCGGCAUAAUAGGUUAUCUUUACAUUUUUUCCAAUCUGGUGAUUUAGUACAAAACUUGUGUCAUGGUAAUUUAUUUAAUGAAGGCCAGAUUGUUUUUUGUUAAAACUGAUAAGAAAAACAGCAAAAGCGGUGCCUUACUUACUUAUUUUACAUUCCAAAACAAAAUAGUACUUACAACAUACCCCACUAGCUGGAGUCUUACUCUGUAUAGAGGUCUACUCCCAUCACCUUUAAAUAUUGUCAGUCUUCUCAUGUGCUAUCAAUUUGUGACUUAGGGAAGUAUCAUUGAAUGGCCUCUCAUCAUCAGAAAACAUGGCAACCAAUCAUGGGACAACUGAAAUAGUUCUCACUUUUAUCCCUGAGAUAUUAAUUUAAAAUGACAUUAAUGUGAAAGUAGCUAUGUUGAGGUCUAUUGCUUGGUUAUCAAGGUUUUUUCCAUGUUGUUCACAUCCAUUCCAUAGAAAUUCAGUUAAAUGGUUUAACCUGGUAAGGAUCAAACACACUAUAUUUUCAUGUAAUUAACUUGUGGUUAUACAUUAUGGAUGCCUAUGGCUUUCACAAUAAUAUACAUGUAUCUGUAUAUUCAUCAGUACUGUGAUAAGACACAUACAAGAAUACUUAAAUUAAUAGAUUUUGAUAGAUUUGGUCUCUGUUCACUUUUUUGUGUAUUUGUGUGUGAUUCUGGUGUGUUGGAAUCGGCUUUAAUGGUGUUUCCAUUUUGUCAUGCA